CACUUUCGGCUCUCGGUACUUCACUAGAGCAAAGUGUAGCGAACUUCAAAGGUAACUUACACAUGGUGUUUAGGGAUAUAAUACAUGUUUUAAUAACCUGAUAAUCGCACUCUAUAAACCAUGAUCAACAAGUUUCCAGCAGAGAAAUAAUUUUAGGUCUACAAAUGGGUGUAGUUGUGUGUUUUCUGAUUGCAGACCUACAGAAUGAACUGCAACAGCUAUCCUUAGAGGUUGAGAAAUACAAAAGUGAAAUGACAGACCAAAAGGAAAAAUGUGAAAGCAAAACCUGCAUAGGUUCACAAGCCUUAAAGAAGAUCAUAGAUGCUAAGGUUGCAAUAAUUAAUACAGUUGCAUUAACUGCAGUAAAACUGAAUGAAACAAAGAGCUUUGCGGUUGUUAAUGAAAUAUUAAAAAUACUAUGUGGAGAGGUAACUGUGCUAACUCCUGUAAAAGAAAACAGAAAUAUUAAAACUGAACAUAAAAACCCUUCACCGUCAUAUACUCCUGAAAAUGACAUAACCAGUCCUAAACAAGAACUUCCUGGGCAAGUUGAAACAUAUAAAGACGAGUCGGUAUUAGAGAUUGACGGUACACCUGGAAGAGUCAGUCCCAUUAUAGCUCUUAAGAAGAAAUUUAAAAACAGCUCUAGUCUUAGUAAUGUGUCUGGAAAUUUAAUUGAUUCAAAAGACAAGAAGAAAUGUCCAGUUGAAUGGUCAACCCCAGAGACAAAACAAAUAAGGCUAAACUUCCCAAGUCCAAAUCAUAGAAAAGCAGGCAGUGGUAGGAUGAGACAAUCGAGGUUGGACGCCGUCUUUACCAAGGCCACCAGUGUUGUAGAUUUGACCAAUUCCUCUGAGUGCGCUGGAAGUGAAAGUUUGUGCGGUGUUAAGCUUCUAAUUAAAAAGGAAUCAAGUGAUAACGAUGACACAAUACUACCAUCACCAACAAGUGGGCCCGGCCUACCUGUUAACUUUCUCUUAUCUAAAACGGACACAAAAGAAAAUAAUCAGAAAUUCAAGAAACCCAUUUCAUUGUCGAGAACAAAAACAAAAAUUAAAGAGGAAGUGAACAGUCCGAUGAAACAACUCGACAAAAAUACUGAAGACGACGAAAUUAUGGAAAUGGAGCAUUCUAUUAAUAUUCUACAGUAUAACAGGUACCAAAACAGACCCAAAUGCAGUCCAGUGAAGAUGAAAAAUCGCCCGUUAAUUAGUCCAAAGAAGUCCAGUCCAAAAAAGGAAUCAAAGUCUCCAAAGAGUAAAAGUCCUAAAACGUUUCCAGUAAAAGCAGAACCUAUGGAGGAAGAUAUAACACAUUUUGAUGACGCAAGCAUUUCAAUAUUACAACAGGUUGAGGAGUUGGCAGUCAGACAAACUGAAAUUUUCAAAGACAAUUGCAUCAGCCCUACAAAGGGACCACUAGUGGAAAAUAUAAACGUAACAAAUAUAUCGAGUACACAAACCAACGUGGAAGACAGCAUAUCGAUCCUGCAAAAUCCCAAAGUCACCACCGGUAAUAAUGUUCAGGAUAAUGAUAUAAGAAAAACUCCUGAGAAACUACAGCCGGUAUACAAGGAGCUACUGCCGCGGAAGAAAGCGGAGAAACAAGCAUUGCCGGCGUGGCUGUGUGAUGAAUGUAAAGACGUACUGAACGAUCUCUACGCCAACGAUCCAGAAAAAGUAGCACGUAUAGUGGCGCGAUGUUCUAAGCAUCGAGGAAAGACAAACCCUAUUCGGCCUAAAACCCCUCCAGGUUUCUGGUAUCCGCGAUGGGAAGUGCCCGAGGAUACAGAGGAGUUCAAUCGAAGGAACAAUGUGGAAUCGUAAUGACCGCUGAUACACUAUUAGAACGAGACGGAAAGUGCAUUACCUAACCUAACUCGGGCGCAACUAGAAUAAUUUCCAGCGUGACCAAGAUCGAAUUUUCGAAAUUUGAUUAGUCAGGCAAAAGUCGUAAUUUAGUCGGUUCAAGUCUUACGACUU